GGGGCAGCAGCCCGAAGAUGGCUGAGUCCCCGGAGGAGGUGGCCGUGCUGGUGCAGCGGGUGGUGAAGGACAUCAACAGCGCCUUCAAGCGCAACCCGCACAUAGAUGAAAUUGGAUUAAUCCCCUGCCCUGAAGCCAGAUAUAAUCGAAGCCCAAUAGUGCUGGUUGAAAACAAACUUGGAGUGGAAAGCUGGUGUGUCAAAUUUCUUUUGCCCUAUGUCCAUAACAAGCUUCUUCACUACAAACUAAGAAAGCAGUGGCUCAACAAAGAAGAGUUGAUAGAUAUCACAUGUACCUUGUUGUUGCUGAACCCAGAUUUCACUACUGCAUGGAAUGUAAGAAAAGAAUUGAUACUGUCUGGCACUUUAAAUCCCAUUAAAGACUUACAUCUGGGGAAAUUGGCACUAACCAAGUUUCCAAAAAGUCCAGAAACAUGGAUUCAUAGACGAUGGGUUCUGCAACAUUUAAUUCAGGAAAACUCCUUGCCCGCUCUUGUGACUAAAGGGAACUUAGAAGCAUUACCCACGGAAAAAAUACAGCGGCUGGUGAAAGAAGAAAUGGAUGUUUGUUGUGAUGCUGCUGGACGAUAUCCAAGUAAUUAUAAUGCCUGGUCCCAUCGUAUCUGGGUGUUACAGAAUUUGGCAAAGCUCAAUACAAAGAUUCUUCUCGAUGAACUUUCUUCCACUAAACGCUGGGUCUCCAUGCAUGUUUCAGACCAUAGUGGAUUCCACUACCGUCAGUUUUUAUUAAAAUCUUUGAUUGUCAGAACUGGGACUGAUUGUAUUAUAAAGUUAUGUGAUCAUCCAACCAAUCAACAAACAUCUUGUUUUCCAAAAGAUGAAGCGGAUGAAGGUGCAGAAGCUUUUUGCAUGGAAAAGCAACAGCCAGAUCACUCGCUGUAUCUGAAAGAGGAAAUAGGGCUCUGCACUGAUUUAAUUGACACUUACCCAGGGCAUGAAACGUUAUGGUAUCACAGACGCCAAGUCUUCUACCUUCAAAACCACUUAAAGAAGUGUCCAGUUCCAAGCAUCUGGUCAUCCACUUCAAACAAUAAGGAUGGAACAGUUAAUAAUUCACAUCCUCAUGUUACAACUGGCCAUACCACACAAGCCAUGGAUGUUGACGGUUUAUCUGAAUGCAACAAACAAAGCUAUAGUCAAGAAACCAAACGCCUGAAGCGUGCUCCUAUGCAGGACUGUAUCAACGUGGAAGAAGAAUAUAAGUUCAUCGAUCACGUUUUGUCAACGUGUAGGGAGGGGGAUCAGGCAAGGUUUGCAAGUUCAUACAGAAAAUGGCUAGUUUCUUUUCUAGGUCAGUGAAGAUCUUUUAAAACUCUUUAGGGUCUUUGUUUAGUGCAAUAUCCUCUUUACAGACAGGUGUACUUAGGACCCCUGGCACUUUUCACCCUUCUGUUAUUCCUGCCACUGCUAAACUUCAUUUAUUGACGUUGGGUUUAGUUCUAUUUAUAUUUUUAAAAAACACUUUGUGUUAAUUUUUAUGGAUCUUUGUAGGAUAGCCCCACCUAAAAAGGAACUGCUUAGUGUUAAUAUAAAUUAAGUGCAAAUUUUAAAGUAACUAAUAUAACUGGAGAAAUAGGAAAAUAGAAAGGUAGAUCUACUGGUGAACAAUGAUUUCAUUCUUAAAAAUACCUCGUCCAUAAUAAAUGCACCUAAUCAAAGUCA